ACACCUGAAGCUCCAAGGUCUCUUUCAGAGUCUGAUCGCCAGGCAGUUGUGGACCGUCACAACUACUUGAGGCAGAGAGUUGUCCCUUCAGCAGCUGACAUGAAGAAAAUGAAAUACGACCUGACACUGGAGAGAUUUGCUCAGAACUAUCUCGACAGCCUCUCCACCUGCCUGCCGCAACACAACCCCAACAACAGUAACUAUGGAGAGAAC